UCCAUGCUUGUUUUGAGCAGAAGUAGUGUGAUGACAUUUUUGGUGCUUUUCCCAACGUUUUUGAUUUAAUUUAAUGUUAAAAUAAUUCUUAAUAUUUUCUAAGUGUUUUGUCCAAAAUGGCGACGGACGUGUCCCAGUAGUCUACAGAGUUUACGGCUGUUUCUCCUUAAUAUUCGAACAUUUCUACCGAGUAGAGAGGUGACCGAACCAAGCUGUGUGCCCGGCAGGAAUGUGCAAAAAUAUAUUCGAGGGGAUGUGCAAAAGUUUUAAGACUACAAAUAUGUGUGGUUGAAUCUCAAUGCUGAGCUGCCAUGGAGGGUUUGGAGGAGAAGCUCAAAGGUCUGUCCAUCGCUCGGCGGUCUCGUCCAGAGGAACCCACCUACCUGCUGAACGUCGCCCUGCAGCCGGCCGCCCUGCUGGCUGUGUCCUGCUCCAACUUCACCGUCCACCUCCACAACAAGGACACCCUGAAUAUGGUGGGAGAGUAUCAGGGCCACAGUGGGCCGAUCUGUGGGGUUGUUUUCUCCCAUACCUCCCCUGACCUCCUCUACUCUGGUUCUGCUGAUGGGACGGUACGGGCGUGGGACGUCCGCCGUCCCGGGUCAGACGCAGCCCAGGUGUUUAAAAGCGACCCGUCACACAGCUACUGCAGCUUCGACCUGAGCUGCAGCGACACGCUGCUGUGUGCAGGCACCGAGCAGGUCAACGAUGAAGACAGCUUCCUGGUUUUCUGGGACGUCAGGAAACCAGGUGGUGCGCUCCUCGGGGUGUAUUCUGAGUCACACAGUGAUGACAUCACACAGGUGUGCUUCCACCCUCGAGACAAAGACCGCCUGGCGUCCAGCUCCACAGACGGCCUUGUUAAUGUGUUUGACCUGAGCCGAGGAGCUGAGGAGGAGGCGCUGCUGGCCACCUGUAACAGCGACUCGUCUGCUGGCUCCGUCUGUUGGUCCGGAGCGGACUACACCCAGCUGCUGUGCCUCAGCCACGACGAGGGGCUGCACCUGUGGGAUCUGGGUCAGCUGGACACAGAUGAGCCCCUCACUGUUUUCAGCACCUCUGACGCUCGCAGCCUGACUGUGCUGGCUGAUGGGGGAGGCGUAGAUUACCUGGUCGGGGGGAGUUGGCUGGAGGAGGCCCAGAAGCUGCUGGUGGUCGGAGGGAAGAACAGCGGGGACCUCCACCUGAUGGAGUGUGACGACAGGGGGCUUCGCCUGCUCAGGACCCUCAAGGACGGCCACACCUCCACUGUACGCUGCUUCCUCUGGGAUGCGGCGGGGGAGGCUCUGGUCACCGGGGGUGAGGAUGCUCAGCUGUUGCUAUGGAAACCGGGAGGGGAGGAGCUCAUGAAAGGGAAAAAGGAGUCCUUGAAGAGCGAAUCAGCUUUGAGAGUCAAAUCAAGACCACAUAAAAAACACGGCUACCAGAGAGAAAAGAAGGCAGCGUAGCCAAGGAUGGAAAUGUCAAACACUGAGUCACACUAACUGGACUCUGGUGGCAGCUCACUCCUGUGCCAAUGUUUUAUUCCUGAGAGAAAUCAAAUUCAAACUUGAUAAAGAACAUUCUGCACUCAGGAAAAAGAAUUCUUUGUGCUCGAAAAGCCACUAACUUUGGUGAUUACACAAAAGGUCUGGUCACUUAACAUUUCUGUCCUCUGAGUGUUCACUCAGAUGGACAAAUCCAAGUGUGUGUUUCCUGUUUCAGUGUGAUCUCCAGCUGCUCCUGCUCCUUUGUUCAGCUUUGACCAGACGAAUGUGCUCAAACACUGAAGCUCUGUGUCUGAAAAUGAAGAAAUUAUCUGAGCAUGCUUUAUCACUAUAUUUAAUACAUUGUGUUUACAAUCUGUGA